ACAGCGCUGCUCUCUGAAACAACUAAGCCCCUCCUGUUUUCAGGCGAGUGGGGCAUUUCCUCAGUCUUUGUUAAAAAGAGAGGACGGUGGAACACAAGGCGUUUUCCAAUCAAAAGCCAAACCGUCCACAGUGCUCAAAAUAUCUGACCGUGUCUGGAAAUCCUGUUUAUGCCUUUUUCACAUUGGAGGGAAACAUGUGUUCACCUUGUGGAUGGAGCUAUUUCGGGAUAUAUGUAGGGUUUUUUCUUCUGGAUUGUUACUGGGAAAAGGUGUCUGGACAGCUCUCCUAUUCCGUCUCCGAGGAGGUAAACCUGGGUACUCCUGUUGGAAAUAUAGCUAAGGACCUAAACCUUAAUUUACAAGACUUGGAGAUCCGGAUGUUCCAAAUUGUUACCGGAUCAAAGAGAAAAUUCUUCGACGUAAACCUGAAGACCGGCGUUCUGUAUGUCAGUGAGAGGAUAGACAGAGAGGAGCUUUGUGCAGAAGAAUCGAAAUGCUCAGUAAGUGUAGAAGCCGUGAUAAAUAACCCUUUGAAGCUUUAUCGCAUUGAUGUAGACAUUUUAGAUGUAAAUGACAAUGCCCCGUUGUUUACCACCAAAUUGCAAAAUCUGUAUAUCGCAGAGAGCACUUUGCCAGGAGUGAAAUUCGCGUUAUCUGAAGCCACUGAUGUUGAUGUGGGGAGAAACGGAGUCAGCACUUACAAAUUAAGCCAAAGCGAGUAUUUCUCUUUGGCCGUGCACAAAGCAGGUGGCGGCGUGUCUGCAGAGUUAGUUCUGCAGAGAGCUUUAGACCGAGAGAAGCAGCCUGUGAUCACCAUGACUCUGACUGCUGUAGAUGGAGGGAGUCCUGCAAAAACUGGCACCUCACAGCUCGUUGUGAACGUAUUAGACAUUAAUGAUAACAUUCCGAUAUUCAGCGAAACGUUAUAUAAGACGAAAAUCCCAGAAAAUACGCCGCUGGGCGCGAUAGUAAUCGCCGUGAACGCCACUGAUGCAGACGAGGGCCUGAACAGCGAGAUUGUGUAUUCGCUGAGAAGCAAAGAUCAAGAUCACGUACUUGAUAUCUUUGAAAUUGAAAGUCUAACGGGCGUCAUUAAGGUAAAAGGAAAUAUAGACUAUGAAGACAAAAAGGCUUUUGAGAUACGUGUAGAGGCCAGUGACAAAGGCCAACCUCCCAUGUCCGCCCAUUGUAAGGUGCUGGUAGAAGUGGUGGACGUAAAUGAUAACGCUCCUGACAUCACUGUGACGUCAUUACACACAACAGUGAAAGAGGACGCCAGCGUGGGCACCGCAGUUGCCCUGGUGUCGGUCCUCGAUAAGGACGGUGGGAAAAACGGUGAUGUGGAAGUUCAAAUUAAAAAUGACGUUCCGCUCAAACUCGAAACAAACUACAAAAAUUACUUCUCUCUGUUAGUUGACGGGCCCCUCGACAGGGAAAGUGUUUCUAACUACAACGUCACCAUAGUGGCCACUGAUAAAGGAACACCGUCACUCUCCAGCACGAGUGUAUUUUCUAUACACGUUUCUGAUGUCAAUGAUAACGCACCCCUGUUCCCACAAGCACAAAUUAAUGUGUACGUGAAGGAGAACAGUCCAGUGGGAGCAGUUAUUAGAACUGUGACUGCAACUGAUGCAGACAUUCACCAGAACAGUCAGGUGAGUUAUUCGUUUUUACAAAGUAACAGUGACUCACUGCCGUUUGCUUCAAUGGUGAACAUCAACUCAGAGACUGGAGAUAUAGUCAGCCUGCAGUCCUUUAACUACGAGGAGCUCAAAACCUUCCAGUUUAAAGUUCAGGCCACAGACUCUGGUGUUCCUCCGCUCAGCAGCAACGUGACCGUCAACGUUUUCAUCCUGGAUGAAAAUGACAAUAAUCCAGCCAUUCUGGCGCCCUAUUCUGAGCACGGCUCCGUUAACAGUGAGAGCAUCCCCUAUUCUGCUGAAGCGGGAUACUUUGUGGCAAAGAUCAGGGCUGUAGACGCAGACUCUGGAUACAAUGCGCUGCUCUCUUAUCACCUGUCUGAGCCCAAAGGAAACAACCUCUUCCGGAUCGGAACCAGCACCGGGGAAAUCAGGACUAAGAGGAGAAUGAGUGACAAUGACCUGAAAACUCACCCCUUGGUGGUGUUGGUGUCUGAUGGUGGAGAACCCUCCCUGUCAGCUACUGUGUCUAUUGAUGUGGUGGUGGUCGAAAGCACAGCUGACAUCCAGACUCAGUUCAGACAUGUGCCCAGAAAGGAGGAGAGCUUCUCUGAUUUAAACCUGUAUCUGCUGAUCGCCAUUGUGUCGGUGUCAGUCAUCUUUCUGCUCAGCCUCGUCACUUUAAUAGCUGUCAAAUGUCACAGGACAGACGGCACUUUCAGCAGGUACGGCGCCCCAAUGAUCACCACCCACCCUGACGGGAGCUGGUCUUACUCUAAAGCUACUCAGCAGUAUGACGUGUGUUUCAGCUCAGACACGUUGAAGAGUGACGUAGUGGUUUUCCCCGCACCGUUUCCGCCUGUAGACGCUGAACUCAUCAGUAUUAACGGAGGGGACACUUUUACCAGAACUCAGACUUUACCCAAUAAAGAAAAGGUAAGAAAAGUUCAAAAAUAUUUCAUUUAAUGUGAUAUUUAAAUCCCCCCUCCUUUCACGU